UGUAUAUUUAUUAAUUACCAUUUUGAUCUUAACACUUUGAUUUUGUUAAGAGUUAUGUUUUUAAAAAUCACAGUGAAUAUUAUAACAUAUUGAAAAUACGAUGGAGGAAAAAGUAAUAAAACCAUUGGAAAGAAAGAAAUUAAAUUAUGAGAAUAAACUCAUAUUAGCUCCUAUGGUACGCAUUGGCACACUUCCUAUGCGUCUACUUGCACUUGAUUAUGGUGCUGAUAUUGUAUAUACAGAGGAACUUAUAGACUGGAAAUUAUUACGAUCAUUUCGCCGUGUGAAUGAUGUUCUAGGAACGAUCGAUUAUAUAGACAAAACAGAUGGCACUGUAACUUUUAGAACAUGUCCAAGAGAAAGAGAUCAUGUAGUUUUACAAAUUGGUACUUGUGAUGCGGCAAGAGCAUUAAAGGUUGCUAAGAUGAUUGAACAAGAUGUUGCUGGAAUUGAUUUAAAUAUGGGCUGCCCAAAACUAUUUUCAUUGGUAGGAAAAAUGGGAGCUGCUCUUUUACAAGAACCAGAAACUGCAACGAAUAUUCUAAAAACAUUGGUAGAUAAUUUAAGCAUUCCUGUAACUUGUAAAAUACGUGUAUUGCCAGACUUAAACGACACUUUGGAGCUUUGUGAACUUUUGGCAUCAACUGGUAUAUCUGCAAUAGCAGUUCAUGGUCGUACUGUUGAAGAGAGACCACAACAUGCAAACCGUAAUGAAGUUUUGAGGGAAAUAUCCAAGAAGCUUUCAAUACCAGUUAUAGCAAAUGGAGGCUCAAAAGAAAUACAGAAGCAUUCUGACAUUUUCAAAUUUAAAGAAGUAACAGGCUGCAGUAGUGUAAUGCUUGCACGUGCAGCUGAAUGGAAUUGUUCAAUAUUUAGCAAAAACGGUUUACUUCCCAUGGAAGAUGUGAUAAAGUCGUAUUUAAAAUAUGCCGUGGAUUGCGAUAAUCCACCUUCUAAUACCAAGUACUGCAUACAAAACAUUCUUCGCGAGCAACAAGAAUCUGAACUAGGCAAAAAGUUCCUAAAUUCUCAAACCUUAGAGCAAAUAUGUGCUGUAUGGAAUUUAAGUGACUAUUGUCAUUUGAAAAGAAAAGAGUUUAAUGAAAAAGGUUUACAAGGAAGGUCGCAAGUUUCACCCAUGAGGGAAGAUGACAAACAGAAUGAAGAACAACUGUCUAAUAAAAGAAAAUUAAUAAAUGAAGAAGACGUAGUUUUAAUGCAUUGUGCAUUUUUAAGAAAUAAUUAUUUGACAGAUCUUGAUUUGCCAAAAACUAUAUUACAUAAGUGGACACAAAGUCAAAGAAAAAAAAUUCCUCGCUACGAUACGCUACAAAAAGGAAAACUUUUCCGUUCUAUUGUUACUGUCGACGGAAGGAAAUUCGGAUCAUCUUUUUGGGAAAAAAAUAAAAAAUGGGCAGAACAAGGAGCUGCAUUAGUUUGCCUAAUUUCAUUAGGUCUAGUCAAUGAAACGAAUUUUGUUACUAACGGCAAUAUAGUUUCUUGACAGUAAAGUAUGUCAUUUAAGAACAGAGACGAUGGAUAAACGAAAUAUCGACGCAGAUCUGUAAAAUCUAAUAUUAUAUUUUCUUAUUCAUUUUGUUAUAAAUAAACACAUUCUUCUGUUACAAAUUGAA